CUUCCGCUUCCGGCGCGUGACGCUGUCUGACAUUUUCCUCCCGUUACCGCUGCUGCGCUGGAUGCGUCCGUAGUACUUUUAGAUGGGAUCUCAGAUUAAACAGUAGCGUUGUAUAGCAUACCUUGAAAAAUUUGGCGCUAGUCUUCUGUCUCUCACUUUAGGAAGUGUAGAGGAAGACAGGAUGUCGGCCAGCGCGGUUUAUGUCUUGGACCUAAAAGGCAAGGUCCUGAUUUGUCGCAACUAUAGAGGCGAUGUGGACAUGUCCGAAAUCGAGCAUUUCAUGGCCAUCCUCAUGGACAAGGAAGAGGAGGGAACCUUGUCCCCGAUCCUGGCUCACGGUGGUGUCCGCUUCAUGUGGAUCAAGCACAACAACCUGUACCUUGUUGCCACAUCGAAGAAAAAUGCUUCUGUAUCCUUGGUGUUUUCCUUCCUCUACAAGAUAAUCCAGGUGUUCUCAGAGUACUUCAAGGAACUGGAGGAGGAGAGCAUCAGGGACAACUUUGUCAUCAUCUACGAGCUGUUGGAUGAGCUGAUGGACUUUGGUUACCCCCAGACCACAGACAGCAAGAUACUGCAGGAGUACAUCACCCAGGAGGGCCAUAAACUAGACACGGGGGCCCCGCGCCCCCCUGCCACUGUCACCAAUGCCGUGUCCUGGAGGUCAGAGGGCAUCAAGUACAGGAAAAACGAGGUCUUCCUGGACGUCAUCGAGUCUGUUAAUCUUUUGGUGAGCGCCAACGGGAAUGUGCUGCGCAGUGAGAUCGUGGGCUCCAUUAAGAUGCGUGUCUUUCUGUCGGGGAUGCCUGAGCUGCGCCUAGGCCUUAACGACAAGGUCCUGUUUGAGAACACUGGCCGAGGGAAGAGCAAGUCUGUGGAGCUGGAGGACGUCAAGUUCCACCAGUGCGUGCGCCUUUCCCGAUUCGAGAACGACCGCACCAUCUCCUUCAUACCACCAGAUGGCGAGUUUGAGCUCAUGUCCUACCGCCUCAACACGCAUCAGGUGAAGCCCUUAAUCUGGAUCGAGUCGGUGAUUGAGAAGCACUCGCACAGCCGCAUCGAGUAUAUGAUCAAGGCCAAGAGUCAGUUCAAGAGGAGGUCGACUGCCAACAACGUGGAGAUCCAUAUUCCUGUCCCCACUGACGCAGACUCGCCCAAGUUCAAGACCACAGUGGGCAGUGUGAAGUGGAUACCAGAGAACAGUGAGAUAGUCUGGUCCAUCAAGUCGUUCCCGGGCGGUAAGGAGUACCUGAUGCGGGCACACUUCGGGCUGCCUAGUGUGGAGGCAGAGGACAAAGAGGGGAAGCCACCCAUCAGUGUGAAGUUUGAAAUCCCUUACUUCACCACUUCUGGGAUUCAGGUGCGCUACCUGAAGAUCAUUGAGAAGAGCGGGUACCAGGCCCUGCCGUGGGUGCGAUACAUCACUCAGAACGGAGAUUACCAACUCAGAACACAAUAAGAGAAGCAAGAAGAUUAUGCAGAUGAUGGACGUUUGGAAUGUACAUAUUUAAGAAAAAUGUUUGUGUGUCAUGACCCUAGAGAAAAAAAUUGAUGCGAUAAUUCCAUUCAUGUUUAGCACUCUUUGAAGCAGUAAGCUACACUGUACCUCGAAUUUUGCUCUCUCACCAACAAUGCCAGAUGUAGCUUAGUUCCAGUAAUAUUUUCAGACUUAAACUGUGAUGCAGGGAGCUGCUGUGUUUAGGGACAGUCAGAAGGGCAAAGGAAAUCAAUGUACAAUUUCAAAUAAUUCAAGUCAUUAUAUAACUUGUGAAGGAGACUUGCAGUUUUCCAGGACAUACUGUUUAUAUAGGUCAGUUUCAAUGGCUCACUUUUUUAGUAUUUCUGUUUGACCAAGUACAAUGCAGUUAUGAGUAUUACAAUGGUGUGUUCAUGUGCACAAAACAAUGUUUGCAUCUAAGAACAGUGGCGCCUAAGUAAUUUAAACAGCCAAAUUAUUUUGGCAGUCCAGUGUCAGUUAUGUUUAUGAACAUGUAAUUUAAUGAACCUCUGUUUUAUUUCAGUUUUACAGAACCAUCUGGGUCUUUUUCUUUAAAUGCUUUUUUUUUUUUUGUUCUGAUAGCUUUCUGUCGCAAAAGACGGUUUUACGCUGAGGAAGUCCCACCAUAAAAGCGAGCGUUCAUUGCAGUAUUAUUGCUGAGGGUGUCAGAAUGGACGGCUGACCCACACUCCUGUCAUCCAACCAGAGUUCCAAGUUGUAUUCCUAUUAGCUUGCAGAUGUGGAAAAACUUGCUAUAACAUUCAAGUAAUUAAAUGAAGCAAGUGUCUGGCAUGUGAAGCUCUGCUUGGAAGAGUGACAGGGAAUCUGCUCUUAUGAAAUACAGUAUCUCUUGUCUAGGUCAAAAAGUCUGUAAUUAAAUUUGAGAAGUAAAUUAAGUUGUAGUGCACGUUUGACCAUGACUGAAGUCAUAGUCUGCGUCAUUGUGCCAGGAGGUGUCAGUCGAACGUUUACCUCCCUCGUUUUUGUGCAUUUUGCUAAACCAGUAUGCUUUUUUGUCCUCUUUAUCAUUUAUGGAGCUGGGGUGUGUCUCAUGUACUGUAAUACGUUGGAAAAAAAAAACCAUUUCAAGAGAAUGGAAGCAGAUGUUAGCAUUAAGAUCCACUUACAUCUCCUGACAAGCUGCCAAACCAGCAAUUUUUUUUUUGGGUUGUAAAAGUAAAAACCAGAAUGUUUGUUUACAUUUCUGUAAGGCACCUCUCUCUCUGACCAAAUUGCACCACUGAAAUGCCAUCCCGAAUUUAUCAUCUAGACUUUAUUAAUUUUUUCAGAAAUGUUAAUGCCAAAUAAAGAAAAGGACUUGUCACUUUAAAAUGUCAUCGUCUGACAGUCCCUUCCACACCGGCUUCCCUCCUGGAUAUUUGAUCGCUCUUUAAGUGGUUAUGACACGUGAUUGAUGAGUGACGAUGGUUGGUAUAUCAUAUGAACGUCAUGUUCAGACUGGCGCGGUAAUGAAACUAACUGCUAAAACUGGUUGCCUUUGUUUCGAGGGUUGCAUAAUCCUGAAGCGAUGGAACAGUCCUGCAGAUGGGGAGAAACAGUGUUUCCUUAAAUCUUUCUAAAGACUGUGGCCCAAGUUUCACCUGUAUGUGGCCUGUAUCGUACUCUUCAAUUGUUAAAUUUACGUCAUUGUUGAAGUAAUUUUUAGUGAAUAAUUUGUAGGAAGAAAAAAAUGGAAACGAUGCUUUCGGGAGCAAAAAUGUCACUUUCUGCCAUGUAACUUCUCUAUCACUGUAAGAAUCAUUAACGACCAAGCAUGCAUUUGGUAUGUAAGCAUUUCAUUAAAGUAGUUUUCUGAUAAACCUUAAA